AUGGCUUCCACUGGUAUUUCAGGCAUUCAAAUUAAGCAACUCAAGAAUCCCAAACUUCAGACUGUGCCCAUCAUUUAUGCCGCACAAUCCAAUUUCUUGAAAGUUAUUCAAACAGUAUGGAAGGUCGGAAAGGAUGGAAUUGAAGCAGGAUCUAGCUUGGUGCCUGAUUCUAUUCCAAGACCGAUUGCCAGGAUUUCCGUAACUGUAAUUGCUGGGACCUUGGCACUCUUUGUACUGAAGUCAUUCCUGUCUACAGCAUUCUUUGCUCUGGCUGUAAUGGGACUAAGUUAUUUCGUAUUCAUAGCAUUGAAUAAGGAUGAAGGGCCAAAAGGGGGUGGUGGUGAAGGAACUACUUCUGUUGAAGACAGUUUAGAAGAAGCAAGAAGAAUUAUGGACAAGUACAAUCAUAACAAAAGGAGAUUGUCUGAGGAGAGUCGAGUAGUACUCGAAGGGUACCCACAUGCAUUGUUUGAUUUGUAUUACUUCGAACUGGUCAAAAAUCGUGCAAGAGAACAUGGCUAUGGAGAAGAAGAAUCACCAUCGAGCGAUGGUGCUGCUUCUAACAACAGCGCUAGUCGCUGCGCCGACCACCAGAUGCACGAAAAGGAGGAUAGGCAGAAGAUUUUUCGUCUACCUCACCUUCUUGGCACCACCACAGAGGUGGAGAACAAGGUGGAGAUUGGACUCCUUAGGAUGCUGUAG